CUCUCAGAUUUCAACCAGGAUGAACCUCUCUCUUUCGGUUUUUUUGCAGACUAUUCAACAACAUUCCGCCACUUCUCCCGCAGAAUUAUUUGAGCUAUACUCUUGCCACGUUUAUUACGGUCUGGUACCGCUCAAGCGCCCCCAAGUCGUGUGAGAUCUGCCUAGGGAAGUGCUUUCGAUAUCGAGGUUUGACUGACUAUACUUUACGGUCAUUCAAGUUUCUGCGGUCCAAUGCGGUCCGUGCGAUCACCAGGCCCGAAGAGUUGCCCAUCGUCGAAACCUGCCAACAUGGGAAAAGGAGAAACUUGGGAAUAAUCAAAACACUCAAAAGCUGGCUGAGCUUCGACUCCGGCUCACGUUGUGGGGCAUACCAUGUAUCGAAUCAGGCUUCUCCAAAGUAUCACGCUAUUCUCACUGCUCUUUCUCGCGUCUGCAUCUCCAUCUGCGUUGAGAAAGCGCGCCACUUGCACAGUCGCAUCUGCUGGAAAUGCUGGUACCGACGAUGUCCCCGCUAUUGAGGCUGCGAUUAAAAGUUGUGGAAGCGGAGGUACAAUUGUCAUAUCUGCCGGGAAGACUUACAUGAUUCGGUCUACCUUGGAUUUCACUGGGUGCACCGGUUGCGAAGUACAGAUCGAGGGAACGUUGAAAUUGUCAGAUGACACCAAUUUUUGGAAUGGUGUCAGGGCAGCAAUCCUGCUCACGAAUGUGAAUGGCGCGACUGUCCAUUCGAAAACAGGAUCUGGUGUCGUAGACGGCAACGGGGUCCCCUUUUGGCAGAAGUUUGCGUUGGACAAUAGCUUCCAUCGCCCGACGUUGAUGUACAUUUCAGGGGGUUCCAACAUAGUUGUCGAAAACCUCUCCUUCAAGAACGCCCCGAAUGUCUUUCAUUCGGUGACCGACGGUGCCACGAAUGUUAGAUAUAGCAAUCUCAAGUUGAAUGCUACUCCAAAGGAUGGAGCGACACCUAAGAAUACAGACGGAUUUGAUGUAGGGAAUUCCACCUUCGUUACCAUAGCCAGUACCAGCGUUGUCAAUCAAGACGACUGUGUCGCUUUCAAACCGGGGUCCAACUUUGUGACAGUCACCAAUAUCACUUGCACCGGGUCUCAUGGGCUUUCAGUUGGUAGCCUUGCAAAAGGCAGCAACGAUGUUGUCACUAAUGUCAUCGUCAAAGGUGCAACCAUGAUCGAUUCGACGAAGGCUACUGGCAUCAAACUCUAUGACGGAGCAUCUGGCCACGGUGUAGCUACCGUUCGAAAUGUCACCUUCCAAGACAUUACCGUUCAGAACUGCGAUUACGCUGCACAGAUCCAGUCCUGUUACGAGACUCCAAGUGGAACUGCCUGCACCCCGAGUAAACACGUUGUUGAUCAAGUUGUUUGGAAAAGCAUCAUAGGUAUCACGUCGUCGAAGGAGGACCCAGUGAUUGCAAAUAUGAACUGCCCGGCCUCUGGGACGUGUAAUAUCUCCUUUCAAGGCUUUACAGUGAAGGCACCCUCUGGGAAGGCAAACGUACUUUGCUCUGCAGUUGAUAGCAACCUUGGUGUGAGUUGCAGCGGAAGUGCAUUUGGAUGAGUGUUGGAUUCUCGGACGUUUUACACUCCCCGUUGUUUCAAUAUUUGUACAUACCUUUGAUGUAAAUUA